GUUUAUCUUUGUUUUUCUUUAAAGAGGAAGAAUUUAAUAAAUGAUUUGUUUACAAAGAAAAAUAUUAGAAUGCAGUAUUUUAAAAAUGAUGAUUUAAACUAUAUACGUUUUUUAAUACGAAUUUUAAUCAAUAAAAAACCAUCAUUACUAUUAAUUUUGUGUUUUGUUAAUUUUCUGAAAUUAAGACUACUAAGAUUUUCUCGUUUUAAAAUAAGGUUAAAUUUUCUAGAAGAAAGAGAAUUUAAACAUAAAAUUCAUGAAUAUUGUAAUGAUAAAAAUUUAUAUGUAGAUAGUAAUUCUUGUGCCUUUGGUAAUGUUGCUCAUGAUAAAGAAUUUGCAACUUGGUGCUAUUUAUGUACUUUCAUAUCUCCCAAGAGGUACAAAAUACUUAUUAUUAAUUUAGAAUGUAUCCCAAAGGAUAAUAUUUACGUAUCAAAUGUAAUGAAAUUUAAUAUUGAAAAUGCUUUGAUGAUAGAUUCAAAAAUAUCAUCAUACUAUGUAUAUUCUCCUGUUGAAAACAAUGUGAUGUAUGCAACAGAAGUUGUAAUAUCUCAAAUUACAAACGCUUACGAUUGUCCUAAUGAUUAUGUUGACUCUUUAUUAAAAAAUUAUUUUUGUAAACCUCGUUAUUUACGUUCUCAAGACGUAUUUAGUGUACAGAUAAAAGAAUAUUGUCCUGAUUAUUAUUAUUUAUCAAUUCAGCCUAAUAAUACAACGAUUUACUUUAAAGUGAAAAAUAUAAAAAGUAAAAAUGUUAAUGAAAGUUUUCAUGGUUUUUAUGUUGUGCAAGAUAAAACAACGCUCAUUUUAGAAAGAGCUAUUCAAAAUUAUUUGCCAAAAGCUAAGACAAAUUUUAGUUUUAACAAUUUUAAUGUGAUGAACCCGAAAACAGAGAUUAAAUCCUCAGAAUGCCCUCCAUGUUUUGAGGAUUCUCUACGACAUUUGAAAGCUUCGAUUUUUCCAUUUUUACAAAAAGAUGUGCGGAUAAACCUCAAUCCAAUGUUUUUAAUAGAAGGCUCAGAAGGUAGUGGAAAAUUCAAAUUGGUACAAAUUGUCUCACGGCAACUGGGUUUACAUUUGUAUGAUGUAGACUUUAGAGAGAUACAAACAUUAACUUCUGUACAAACCGAAGCAAAAUUUCGAAUAGCAAUAUAUAACGCCAAAGACAGUCUUCCAUGUAUUCUUUGUUUCCGGAAUAUUCAGGUGUUUGGAAUAAAUGCAGAAGGAAAAAAAGAUGACAGAAUUAUUUCUGCUUUCGAAACAGAAAUUAAGAGAGUUUUCAAUGAAAAAGGGAAUUAUCCUCUUAUUGUAAUAGCAACAUCUGAAAGUUUAGAUCUUUCUGCGAAAUUAAAACGAUUAUUUUUGGAGACAAUUUGUUUAAAUCAUCUAAAUCUAACUCAAAGAUCAAACACAUUAUCUUAUUUAUUGGAAAGUAAAGGAAUUCUUAAUAAACCAGAUUUACAAAAAAUUAUAGGACUCUGUUCGGACUUUGUUUUAGCUGAUUUUGAAGCUUUAAUAUUACAUGGUGUAAAAACAAAGUACAAUAUAAAAACAUUACCACGAAAAAAUGAACAAUGUGAUUUUACAGAUGAAGAUUUUAAUAAUGCUUAUGAAUAUAUGAAACCCAUGCUUUCUGAUCACAUUGGUACACCACAUGUACCAAAAGUUUAUUGGAAAGAUAUUGGAGGUAUUGGAGAUUUAAAACAAGAAAUUAUAAAAAGAAUUGAGUUGCCUUUAUUGUAUAACAUUGAAAUAGGACAGUCUGGUUUACUUUUAUAUGGACCACCUGGAACUGGCAAGACUCUUCUUGCUAAAGCUGUUGCAACUGAAUGUCAACUUCAUUUCUUUUCCAUAAAAGGGCCUGAAUUGUUGAAUAUGUAUGUUGGUCAAAGUGAAAAAAAUGUGCGUCAAGUAUUUGAACGAGCCAAGGCUGCUGCGCCUUGUAUAAUCUUCUUCGAUGAAUUGGAUUCAUUAGCACCAAAUAGAGGUCAAAGUGGUGACAGUGGAGGAGUUAUGGACAGAGUUGUUUCUCAACUUUUAGCAGAAAUGGAUGGUUUAGAAAGUUCAAAUAAUAUCUUCAUUAUUGGUGCAACAAAUAGACCCGAUCUUAUCGAUCCAGCUUUAUUGAGACCUGGAAGAUUUGAUAAAAUGUUAUAUGUGGGAAUUUAUUCUGACAAGAAUUCGCAAAUUAGCGUUUUACAAGCUCUCACAAGGAAAUUUAAAAUGAAAAACAAUGGGACAGAAUUAGAAACAUUAGUUGAUGAGCUUCCAUUUAAUGUAACUGGUGCUGAUUUAUAUUCUAUAUGCUCGAAUGCUUGGCUUUUGGCGGUGCGAAAAACUCUCAAAAAGCUAACAAAUACAACUGGACAAGCGAUAGAAAAAGAUUUUUCUCAAAUUCAUGGUGAAAUAGUAGUUGAAUUGGAAGAUUUUGUGACUGCAGCUCGUGACAUGACACCUUCUGUUAGUUCGUCAGAGUUAAUAAAAUAUCAAAAAUUACGCGACAAGACAAAGGAAAACUUUUAAUAAUUUUUUAAAUAAAAAAUUAAACAAG